GUCCCUGUCGAGACGUGUCAGCGUUGAUGCUAAGUCAGUGGCUAAGAGAGACACCGCACAGGCCGACGUCAGGCCCUUCAAGUUGCUUUGUUCGCGGCGUGACGGCACACAAAACAUGUCCGCGCCGUUAUUUCACUGCCAUGAAAGCGACGCAAGGUGGAACAAGUCAUCUUGUUGUAGGCGACAGUCAAGGCGCCGGUGCUGGGGACAGAUGGACUCCUGUAGUGGAGGAAAAGACCGCCAUAAUGGACAAGAUUUUGGAGGGCCUCAUCAGCUCGGAUCACAAGGUUCCAGUGAAGAAGGCCAUCGUGAAGAAGGUGGUGGAAGCAGCAGAGAAGGACGUGGCGGCGGAGGAGUGUCGUGCUUUGUUUACCGUCACCACCCGCCUCAUCCUGCUGGGCGAAGACGCCUUCCAGAAGCAGGUGGGCUUCCAGGUCCUGGAAGCGUACGCCCGCUAUCACCGCUCUGAGUUUGAGUGCUUCUUCAGCAAAGACUUUGUGCUCGGUCUGCUCCACGGCGGCUACGAGCAGGUGGAGCGCAAAGACCCGGCCCUGGUGGACCUCAUCCACUGCGGCCUGCGGCUGCUCAUCAGCUGCCCCGCCGUGCUGGAGCUCUUCAGCGUGAUCCAGGUGGAGGUUUUAAGGCUGGUGUGCGAGCGGCCCAACCCGGCCCUCUGCGCCCGCCUCAGCACCAUGCUGUCCGACUUUGUGCAAUGCGUGCCGAGGGACAAGGCUGGCGUUUUCUUCUGCCAGCAGCUGGUGAGGACCAUCAGCUACUUCCACUGCAUGGUCAGUCAAGAUCAGGAGCUCGGGGAGUACGUGAGUCAGGUGACCAAAGUGAGCACGCUGCUGCAGAACAUCUGGAAGGCCGAGCCGGCCACGCUGCUGCCUUCCUUGCAGGAGGUCUUUGCCAUCAUCUCUUCCACGGACCCGUCCUUUGAACCGUCCAUCGCCUUGGCCAGCCUGGUGCAGCACAUCCCGGUCCAGAUGAUCACAGUCCUCAUUAAGAGCCUGACUACGGACCAGAACGUCAAAGAUGCAAACAUGACAAAAGCACUAUGCAGGAUGAUCGACUGGCUUUCCUGGCCUCUGGCCCAUCACGUGGACACCUGGGUCAUCGCGCUGCUCAAAGGGCUGGCCGCCGUUCAGAAGUUCACCAUCCUCAUUGAUGUCACGCUGCUCAAAAUUGAACGGGUGUUUAAUCGUCUGUGGUACCCCAUAGUGCGACAGGGGGCGCUAGCCGUCCUCUCCCAUAUGCUGCUCAGUUUCCAGCACUCUCCAGAGGCGUUCCAUUUGGUUAUUCCACAAGUGGUCCAUCUGGUGCAGUCUCUGCAGGCGGACGGCCUCCCCAGCAAUAAAGCUUUCCUGCUGCAGUUCACGGAGCUCAUCCACUGCAUGAUGUACCAGUAUUCCGGCUUCCCGGACCUCUACGACCACAUUUUAGAAGCCAUCAAGGAUCUCCCGAAACCCAGCGAAGAGAAGGUCAAGUUGGUGCUGAAUCAAAGUGCCUGGACGUCCCAGUCCAACUCCUUCACCUGCGGUCCCCUGAGGCAGGCUGGCAAGUCCGAGACAGGCAAGACGGGCCUGGUCAACCUGGGCAACACCUGCUACAUGAACAGCAUCCUUCAGACUCUCUUCAUGGCCACAGAUUUCAGACGACACGUUCUGUCACUGCAACUCAACGGCUCCAACAUACUGAUGAAAAAACUGCAGCUGCUGUUUGCUUUCCUUGCACACACUCAGAGGGCGGCGUACGCUCCCAGAAAUUUCUUGGACGCCUCUCGACCGCCUUGGUUCAACGUGGGCUCUCAGCAGGACUGUUCAGAGUACCUCCGCUUUCUCCUAGACAGGUUACACGAAGAGGAGAAAACAAUCCAAGUGCUGGAGUCUACAAAGCCAAGCGUGGCCCCUGCCGCCCUCCUGGACUCCAGCAGCAAGGACCUCAUAGGUCAGACUUCUCCCGAAGAGAGCGAAGCGUCCUCUUUGAGUCCCGCGGAAAGCAAAGCGGAGGAGGACACAAGAACUGUGAUAGAGAGGACUUUUGGCGGCAAGCUGGUGACAGGUAUUCGCUGUAUGCACUGCAACGGCACCUCUGAGAAAGAGGAGCCUUUCACCGACCUUUCGUUGGCCUUUUGCCCCUCUGCCGCCUCUCAGGACGCCCCCAAAAGCGAGGGCACCUCUUCGGAGCCCAAAGUGGUUUGUCAGGGCUCCGUCAACGGUGGCAGCGAGGCGCCCGUGCCCGGCUCAGCCUCAGACCAAGCUAGUCAAGUCUACUCUUCGCCGGAAACCAGCGGACCUCCCCUGUCCGUGCCCGACCUGGUCGACUAUCUGUUGGCGCCGGAGAUCCUGGACCAGGACAACGCCUACUUCUGCGAGAAGUGCGGCUGCCUCCAGCGGGCCGAGAAGACCAUGAAGGUGGUGUCGGCGCCGGAGUACCUCAUCCUCACCUUGCUGCGCUUCUCCUACGACGCCAAGUUCCACGUGCGCAGGAAGAUCCUGGAGAACGUCACCAUCCCGCCGCGCUUGCGCCUCCCCGUUCACAACGCCGCGCCCUCCGCGCCCCUCUCCUGCACGUCGUCCCCUCUGCAAGUGGACUCUCCCGAGAGCAGCGAGAACCUGGCCAAGAAGCUCAAGCCCUCUCAGAAAGACGAGGACGAAGACGAGAGCGAAGCGGGUAGAGGAGACGUGUCCAUGCAGGCGUACUACGUCCUCAGCUCCGUCGUCAUGCAUUCGGGCGUCUCGUCCGAGAGCGGCCAUUACUACUCCUACGGCCACGACAUCACAGCGGCGGACGGCGGUCCCGCCGAUCCCUACAAGGAGGACGCGAGGAACGUACAAGGCGAGUGCGGCGCUCUCCCGGGACCGGCCGGACAAGGCAGCACGCCGCCUGCUCGCGGACCGGAGGCGAGCGACUGGCUCCUGUUCAACGACAGCAGAGUGACGUACGCGUCCUUUAGGUCGGUGCAAAACAUCACCAACCGCUUCCCCAAGGACACGGCCUACGUGCUCAUGUACAGGAAACAGGAGCUGGAGGGACAGCGCGGAAAUAAAGGACCGCUGGCCAAUGGCUUGAGGCAGAGUGCAGAGCCGCCGCUGCAGAAGGAGCUGCUGGACGCCAUCAUCAAGGACAACAAGCUGUAUUUACAGGAGCAAGAACUGAACGCUCGGAGCCAGGCCAUGCAGGCGCCUUCAUCCUCCUGCUCGUUCAGGCCCAACGGUUCAGAUGACAACAACCCACCCGGGAGUUGCGGCCCAUCUGGAGGAGGAGGCGGAGGAGGGGGCUUCAACACCAUCAGUAGACUGGUCUUCUAAUUCAAAAACACACACACACACAAAAAAAAGAAA